CCAGCUGUUUGGGUGUUUCCUCGCCUGGGAGACACGAAAUGUCAGCAUUCCUGCUUUGAAUGACAGCAAGUACAUCGGAAUGAGUGUGUACAACGUGGGGAUAAUGUGCAUUAUCGGUGCUGCUGUUUCAUUCCUUACUCGGGACCAACCCAAUGUGCAGUUCUGCAUCGUUGCUUUAGUCAUUAUAUUCUGCAGCACCAUCACUCUCUGCCUUGUGUUCGUACCUAAGCUCAUCACACUGCGAACAAAUCCAGAUGCAGCCACACAGAACAGACGGUUUCAGUUCACUCAAAAUCAAAAGAAAGAAGAUUCAAAAACAUCGACAUCAGUCACCAGCGUCAAUCAGGCCAGCACAUCUCGACUAGAAGGAUUGCAGUCAGAGAACCACCGCUUGAGAAUGAAAAUCACAGAGCUGGACAAAGACUUGGAAGAGGUCACAAUGCAACUUCAGGACACUCCUGAGAAAACAACAUACAUUAAGCAGAACCACUAUCAGGACCUUAAUGACAUUCUUAGUAUACGGAACUUCACAGACGGCAAAGAUGGUGAGAAAGCCAUUUUGAAAAAUCAUCUUGAUCAAAAUCCACCAGCACAGUGGGGUUCAUCAGACCCUUCCAGAACAAGCAAAGAUGCCAUAGAAGACAUCAACUCUCCAGAACACAUACAGCGCCGGCUGUCCUUGCAGCUGCCCAUCCUUCAUCACGCCUACCUGCCGUCCAUAGGAGGAGUGGAUGCCAGCUGUGCCAGCCCGUGCGUAAGCCCCAGUGCCAGUCCUCGGCACAGACACGUGCCACCCUCCUUCCGAGUGAUGGUUUCAGGGCUGUAGGAGGGUGAGAUCAGUGCUUCCUGAACUGCUUUUAAGUACUCAAAGACUGGACUAAACAUCUGACCUAGAACUCUGCUACAAACAUGUAACAUUGGCUCUUACUGCAGAGGAACUUCUGCUGAGGCCCUCGUCACAGGAGUGCCCACGUAACUCGUGUGACAAAGCAAAGGAGGACACAAAGAGUUUGAUCUGUAGCCUUAUUCAUGGAGUUUUUAUUUCUUCACCUAGAAGUCACUGAAAAAUGUUUCUUCCAAAAUUUCUACUAGCAACAAGGAUGCUGGGAUAUAUGGAUCUUGCAAAAAAGACACUAGGGAAAAAAACAAAACACACUCAAAUGUCACUGAGCUUUACGUGGCUGCUGAGAACAUGCAAUUCUAUACUGUAUCCAUGUAAGGAAAAUGUAGUGGUCGAGCUAUACUAUGUUGGAAUAGAUACACUCAUUUUUACAGGAGUUGUGUUAAAUUGCUGGAAACAUUCUGCACUGGUUAGUCUUGCUUUUUUUUCAUUUCAGGGAUGAUGUUUAGCUGGAAAGAAGAGUUGUGAGAAAUGAUUCCUCGGGUGUCAUUGAGACUCUGCAGUGCUGUGAGCAGGGUCACCUUUACCUUGCAGCUGUAUGCGUAACCCAAGCAGAGCCUGAAGCUCCAGCUCUGAGUUGCCACCAGCUGGAGAGCUGCUGAUUGCAAGCAGAGCACUUCACACUUCUCCAGGGCAAUGAUAGUGACUGCUGACCAUCUGCAGCUUCAUUUUUAGCAAAGUUUCUGCACCUAUUUCAGGAUAAACACCACCAACCAUAACACACUAAACUGUCUGAAAAAGUCCUAGGGCUGAUAACUCAGGAAACUGAGGACAGAUGGGUAGUAAAGUCUUAAUGCCACAGGAUGAAUUGUUUUUCCUAGUUUGUUUGAAUUGUGUCACACAUAAUUACAAUAAAAUUAAAUGAGUGGACUUGGGGGGGGAGGGAUUAGGGCACAGCACUUUGCUGCUGCAGGCAAAGCCUGCAGGGCACAUAGAUGUGAAUAUACACUAUGUUUGCUUCGUACCUGCGUACGUGUGACAUUUGUAGUGGAUAGGAGAGGACAAAUCAAAUCUACCAAUAGAAUAUUUUACCUGACUCCUGAAAGGACUGUGAAAAAACAGUGGAGUUUAUACUUUAGCUCCUUUCCCUGAACCAAAGUAAUUAGGAGGAAUGAUAGUGGUGCACUGUCUGGACCAACUCUGGAGCCAAACCCUCAGGCACAGGUGAGACACACAUGCAGCUUUUUUUCCUAAGGACUGGAAAUGUAUCCUCCCACCGCCAGGGCUGUUUGCUAAAAGUAGGGGAGGGGGAAAACCACAUGAAGCACCCUCUUGGCUGUCAGUUUUCUUUAAUCAACACUUGUGCCCCUCAGACCAAACCUUUGGAAUGACAUUCGUACAAAGGUUUACAAAUCUGCAAUGACUGAAGCACAGCUGAAGGGGUUCCUUAGCUGAGGGAUUUAACUGCAGCUUUGACAAGCUAGCAUAAAUCUCCAUUAAAAAUAAAACACACCUCAUAGUGGCCAAACCCAACAUGAAUAUGUAUCUGAAUCUUACAAUCAGGAGCAUCACAAAAUAUUUCACUUGGCACAUACAGUAAGAGAGGUUGUGGAAAUAUCUGUAGCUUUUAGAACAAAAAAACAUGUAAGUAUAAACACAGAUAAACUAGAACUCAUUACUCUGUUUAAGCACUAAACACUGACGUCGUCACUCAAUGUGUGUUGACAGUAUUCUCUUGCUUUAUUAAUAUCAUCAGGGCCUGGUUUAUUUUAAAAGGAAUGUUAAUUUUUAAAAAGAGAAAAUUAUGAUAUUGUAUAUAAUGUAUACACAAAGAUCUCUGUAGAAAUAUUAUUCCAACUUAGCAGGAAAACAAAAAUAAUUCAGAAGUAUCGGACCAUUGGAGGUGAGUGUGUGUGUGUGUGUGUGUGUGUGUGUGUGUGUGUCUGUAACUUCGUGAAUACUGACUGUGUGACGUUUAUUAGGUUUAAACCAUGCAGUACAUUCUUUGUCUCAAUGAUAUGGUAGUUUCUCCCAUAACAUUUUUUUUUACUUUACUGCAGAUAACAAGACCAACCAAGUGAAUAUAGCUAUUUAAUGUUUCUGUUCUUUUAUACUGCAGCAAAAAUGUACUGUAAAUUUAUGAAGAGGCUGUGCCCCAAUGGCAUUUUCCAAUGAUGUUAGUGCACAAAUGCUUUAAACUAGACUGGAACUGCCAGAAUAAAAUGUAAAUGAAGAAUUUCUUGUAUAACCUUAUACUGCAUGAGAUCAAUUUUUAAUAAAUUGUUGCAAAUCUGUUUUUAUGAAUAAAAUAUAUAAAACUUA